CUCAAACCACAUCCAAACUACUUCCAUCCGGAAAAAGUUGAGAGAUACCGUAUACGCAAUAUCAACUCGAACUUGAUUGUAUCGAAACAAAGAUGAGUGAAGUCCAAGAACAGAGAAUCAAUCAAUACAAUUUUCGAGCAUUAAAAUCGAUCGGAAUCACUGAAUCUCAUCCUCACUUUAGACCUCUUCAAAGCUUUCAACAACCUAAUGUUGAAAACGUUCGAGCAUUCAAGUAUAGUCCAGACGGAAGUCGAUAUGCAGUAGCAGCAGCGAAUGACGUUCGAGUUUAUGAUGCACAAAAUGGACAACUUUUAAUUCAAAUCGAUUUACCUAAUGUGAUUGAAAUUUCAUUUUCUCCCAAAGGUACUUGGAUUAGUACAUGGGAACGUUAUGUCAAACCUACGGAUGAAAGUGCACAACAUAAAAAUAUGCGUGUUUGGGAUGUUAGUACGGGUCAAGAAGUGCUCAGCUUUUCACAGAAAUCUAUUGAAGCUUGGUCAUUACAAUUCACCGAUAACGAAUCUCAUGCACUAAGGUUGAUUUCCAAUGAGAUCCAAGUAUAUGAUCCAUCAAAAGGAUUCCAAAGUGGUUCAUCAAUGAUAACCAAAUUCAAAUUAGAAGGAUUAACAAGUUACAAAUUAUCACCCGGAAGAAAUCCAUCAAUAUCAAUUUUUAUACCCGAGAAGAAUGGAUCACCAGCAUGUGUGAAGAUAUUUGGAUUAAUCGGAUUAACAUCAAAUUCAUUACCGAUUUCAUCUAAAACGUUUUUUAAAGCUGAUAAAGUUCAAUUUAAAUGGAAUCGAUCGGGCACUAGUUUACUUUUUUUAACUCAUACUGAUGUAGAUAAGACUGGUAAAUCUUACUACGGCGAAACCAAUUUAUACAUGUUAUCCGCUAAUGGUACAUUUGAUUGUCGGGUCACGUUGGAUCGUGAGGGUGGAAUUCACGACUUUGUUUGGUCACCUAACGAUAAGGAAUUCACUGUCAGCUAUGGAUAUAUGCCAGCCAAGACAACAAUCUUUGAUCAUAGAUCAAACUUAAUCCACGACUUUGGUACAGCACCAAGAAACUUUAUUGCAUACAAUCCACAGGGUAGAUUACUCUUGACCGCUGGAUUUGGAAAUUUAGCUGGUACAAUUGAUAUUUGGGAUCGAAGGACAUUGAAAAAAGUGUCAACGAUCGAAGGAUCUAAUACAUCACAUUGUGAAUGGAGUCCAGAUGGAAGAUUUAUUUUAUGUGCUACGCUUUCGCCUAGAUUGAGAGUUGAUAAUGGGAUUAGAAUCUUUCAUUAUACUGGUUCUUUGGUUCAUCUUGAAUCCAUUGACAAUCUCUAUGCAGCUUCUUGGAGACCCGCAUCUGCGGAGCUGUUCCCGUUUCGUCAGAAUUUAUCACCAGCACCUCCAUCUAUCAAGCCCAAUGGAGUAGGUCCGACUGCUGCGGCUGCAACUCCUGCCAAACCAGCUGGAGCUUAUCGACCACCACAUGCACGUGGAACAACUACACCAAGUCAUUUUAAAAGAGAAGAUGAAGGAGGAGCACCAUAUGUAGCCAAUACGAACUCUAAUGGACAUCAUCAUGGAAGCAAGCCAAGAGGAUUACCACCAGGAGCGGCACCACCUAACAAUUCGAUGAACAAUAAUGGAAAACCUAAUCGAAAGAAUGGUAUACCAGGAUCAGGUAUAAUCGUUUUACCAGAAUCGCAAUCAAAAUCGAAUCAAAACCAAAAGAGAACCGAAACAACGAAUCACCAGACUACUAACAACCAUCAUCAACAACAGAACAAAGUAGAAGUUGUAGAAGAGACGAAUAUGAUGAUGAAUAAUGAGAUGAGUGUAGAAGAAAAAAAGAAAAGAUCUUUAAUGAAGAAAUUAACGGCCAUUGAACAAUUAAAAGAAAGGAAAAAGAAAGGAGAGAAAUUAGAACUAACUCAAUUAAAGAAGAUUGAUAAUGAACAAGAGAUUAGAGACGCAUUAAAAUCACUUGGAUAAGAAGAAUAAAGCAAAUUGGAUGAGAAGGAGAGGGAGAGGUUUCUUUUGAACGAAAAAAAAGUAGGAAUGAGUGUUGGAAUGUUGGGAUGGAGUGUUUUUUUGAAUAUCAAUUGGUUUUUGUUUCUCUGUUUUCAUUUUCUUUUAAAAAUUGUUUGUAUUGAAGAGAAAUGAAACUAUCCCAGUUGUUUAAAGAAGC